AUGUCGCGGCAAACAGAUUCUGGUGCAACGGGCGAGAGUCCCUCUCUCUUUUGGAGGUCGCUCUCGGCCACCACAAUAUUGAGUGUCGCGGGGUUGUGCCGGUCUUUCUUGUAUGGGUGCAGUUAUCCCGAGACUCAUGGCAUGGAGCAGUUCCUGGAGCUGCUUGAGUCGAGAAAGGAUGCAUCGCAACGCAAGAAAGGUUUACUUACAGUCUCCAACCACAUUAGCGUAAUGGAUGACCCGCUGGUGUGGGGAUUUCUCCCCUUGAAGUACAACUUUGGGCUCUCAUCGUCGAACAGAAGAUGGGGGCUUGCUAGUCAUGACAUCUGCUACCAGACCCGACCCUUGGCCUUGUUCUUCACAAUGGGCCAGCUACUACCUACUCAUAGAUCUGCCCAUUCGAAGCACGGUGGUAUCGCGCAACCAGCUGUGACCCAGGCGAUUCGACUCCUAUCUAAAGGUCCCUUCCCCGCCGAACCGCACCUUGCUUUACCCGAGCGUCAAAGCUGGAGCUUGCAAAACGUCUGCGUUGAUCCCUUUUCCGAUCUUCCUACGGCUUACACCACGGAUGGCCAUGAUUCCCACCUUGCGCCAUCCGCAUACUCCUGCAAUUCUUUCUCCUGGGUUCAUAUUUUUCCAGAAGGAAAGAUUCACCAAGCUCCGUCCAAAACUAUGCGAUACUUCAAGUGGGGUGUUGCUAGGUUGAUACUCGAGGCGAGCGAAUGUCCCGACGUUGUUCCAAUUUGGUUAGAGGGAUUCGAUCAGGUCAUGCACGAGAGCCGUGGGUUCCCGCGGGGUGUCCCGCGACCUGGAAAGGAGGUCAGUGUGACGUUCGGGCAGAAGGUGGAUUCUGAAGCGGUCUUUGGCGAAAUGCGCGGUCGAUGGCAGAAGAUCAAGGCGAAGGCUGAGCUGGCUUCUCCAGAAACUCGCGAUCUUCCGCUCGGUGCUCUGAGUGACGAGCUUCUGUAUGGAGCGGAGGCCGUCGAGUUACGAAAGGAGGUAACGAAGAAGGUCAGGGAUCUCGUCCUUGAAGUCCGAAGGUCUCGGGGACACUCCGAUGAGGAUCCUAAGGCAGGUCUUGUCGAAACGUGGAUCGAGGAGGGACCGAAGCGUGAGGGAAAGAUGGAAGAUGAGUCAUGGGUUCGGGAUGUAUGA